CAUGUAUUCUGACGGCUCGAGCUUGGUUGAAUCACCAGUCUUUGCUUGAUAUUUUGAUGAUUUGAGCGACGAUGGCAAACUUCCUGUCAGGCUUGCCAUCGUUCGAUCAGAGUGCCUUCUCGGACUACAAUGCGCGCAACAAGGCGCACCAUGCGACGCGGCCUGCCGUCUACACUGCCACGAGCGACCGCUCCCUCCCACCAGGGGACCAAGUCAUCACGACAGACAAGACACAUAUACUGCUGCGAUACAUCAAACAGAAUGACACAAAGGUCUCUGCAAACGCCGGGCCAUCCCGAGAGCGAGCACGGCCAACACAACAGCCAUCGAAUGCAUCUGAAACACAGCCAGCGGCGAACGCUUCAGCUGCAAUGCAGACGAAUUCGCUGCCAAACUCGAGGCAUUCAAGCAACCCAGGCAGUCCCCAGCAGCCGGAGCCGUUCCAGCGUGCUUCCUUUUCAUCCAUGGCGGCUGGAUUCUCGUCUGGCAGCACUGCACCCAACCUGUUCAAUGCACGGUCGGGCGUGGCGGCCGCAGAACCCAUGGAUGCAACCAGCACCGCUCCUCUCGCGACUUCCGACAGCGAUAAGGCUCGCGUGCAACGACCUCCAAAGCGUCGUGCCAGCCUGCCCUUGAACACAGACCUUAAGCGAACCCGUGUCGAGACGGAUGAAGCCGACAGCAAUAGCUCGGAUGAUUAAAUCCGGGGUUUUUGUUUUUGCAUCUAUCUUUUUUUGUUGUUGUUGCUUUAAUUAUUGUGACAACCUUUUUUGUACAAUUCCGAAACCCAUCAUCAUUGAACAGAACUCAA